AAUAACUCUAAAAUAUUAAUGGGAUAAUAAAUUGAUCUCCUAGAUGAUCUAUCCUCUAAUAUUGAAUCCUCCUUCAUUAAGAUUGCAAAACAAUAGCAUAAAUAAGAGGAAGGUAAGCCUAGCGAUUACAUUAAAUAUUUACUAUUAAAUUAAUUUGCUGUUGAUAAUCAGGAUGUUUUUGGAAUGAAAUACAUAAAUGAUAAAUUUGUUCUAAGCUAAUUCAUUUUCUAGUAGAGAUAUGGUGAAGAAGAAUACUAAGUUAAACUAUUGAAUAGUUUCUCAGGAGCAGAAAUAAAUUAAGAAUAAUAUCGAAAUGCUAUUUUUGAGUUUUCAAUGAAUGAUAAUUAGGCCCUUCUAUUAAGUAACUGUUUUCAUAUGAUCAAUAGUAAAAUAAUAGUUCAAAACUAAUAACAUUCAAAGUGAAUAGAAAUCAGUCCUCUUGAUUAAGGAAGUGUUUACAGGCAUUAUUCAAGAUGACACUUUAUAUCUAAACCUAAUAACAAACAUCAAUCUCUGUAAGUAAGUUGCAUUUCAUCCAUUAAAUUCCAAUUAUCUCGUAAUUCUACAAGCAUCUCAGGAUGGGAAUAAAUCACACAUAUAUCAAAAGUACUAUUUAUUUAAAUGUUUCUAGAGAAUAGUUUGUUCUAGUCUUUGAAAUGAAAGAUCUUAGAUAACCGAUAGUAAGAAUCAAUUUGAAUUCUGCCAUGAAUGGAAAUGCAUAAGCCUUUUCUUUUUCCUUACCAGAAGACCAGAAUUAAUUUCUCAUUUACUUUGUUAACAGCUUAGGAAUCAUCUAUUAUUAUGAAUUGAUCCUUCCUAAUAUGGUUUUUAAGUUGUAAACUAAAAUGUAUUUAGAGACAUCUAAAAAAGAAUUAAUUCAAUAUGUCAAAGAGAAAAAUGAAAAAGAAUUUAUAAUCAAUUAUAAUAUAACUACUCAGGAUGAUUAUCAAAGGGGGAAUAUCAAAUUUAAAUCUUUUUAAAAUACAAACUACUAAUUGUCCAAAAAUACUUUUAUUUUAUUUAAAAAAGUGCCUAUCGUUUAAUAUUAUUUAUUCAUUUUUGUUUCUAAAUAAUUAAAUGAUGAUUUGACUAUUCAAGCACUGAUCGGUAGAGAUUUAAACAAACUCUAUGAAAUUUAUAUCGAUGAAGUUAAAUUUUCAAAAUACAGAAAUGAUGAUAUCGUAAUAUCAUAACUACAUAAAUAUUAAUAACCAUAAAUUAUAUAUUCUAGUGAAUAUGCUACUUAAUUAGUUUAAAAUUCAUUUGAUCUACUUAACAAACAUUAAAUGCUUUUAUUGUAUCAUAAUUCCUUAAUUUCAAUUGACUUUUCAAAUGUUGUUCAAUAUCAAUAAGAUUAAUCUCCCAUUAAUGUUACUUGUAUUGACUUGACAUCUUCUUGGAAUGAUUAAUAGGAACAAUUCAUACUUCAAGUGCUAUGUAUAGAUCUAUUCAAAUCUAAGUAAUUGUUAGUAAGAAUGACCCAUAAGUAUCAAAGAUAAACAUUUCAAUUCUUACCUCAGAAAUUGCUCUUAGGAUUGACGGAAUCAAGUUCUGAAAUCAAUAGAAUUACAUUAGAUUUCUAUUAAGAAUAGAAUGCUUAUCUAAUGAAUAAAAGUAUUAUACAGCAAUUCAGAAAAUAUCUUGAAGUAAUAAGUAACAAAAGACUGCCAUAAUGCAAAACUGAAUAGGAUAUUAUAUCUAUUAAUGAAGAUCUCUCUAGUGCUUUGCAAUCAUCAAUAAAAGAAGUGGCAAUCAAAAUUAAACUCAAGGCCGAAAACGUAAAUAAACUUAUUAAUAAUAUAGAUGAAUGAUGAGAUUGAUAUAAAAAUGAGAGGGGACUUGACUGAAUAAUAAUAAAGGAACUUAUAGCUAUAACUAAAGAUUUCAAAGAAAAAUGAAAAAAUAAACUCCCUACUUGAGAAGAUACAUUCUAUUUAACCUGCUGUCUUGAGAUAACAAUUUAUGAAUUAACAAUAAUAAUAGGAAUUGGAUGAAUUUGAACUGUAAUUCAAAUAGAUUCAAGAACAUAUUAAAUUGAAUAAAAAUUAAGUGGAAGAUUAGAUUUAAAUAAGUAAUCGAACGAAGUAAGAGAUCGAAUCAAUUUAAUCAACUCUAAUUUAAUAAAUAUUAUAAAAAAAAGAAUGA